GAAAAGCUCCCAUAGCAAAGGUUCAGAGACCUUCUCAUCAAGACCUCCCACAUAAACAGUGGCAUCUGAGAAAAAUCAAUGACAAAAUUGAACACUACUGCACGGGACACAAAUGGAUUUCGAGUCAUUGUAACACGUAAGCACUACAUACAGACUGACACAUUACUGCUAGGGUGAACAUGGGGACAGAUUUAGCCUACAACUUUGUCUUCAAAGUGGUUUUAAUCGGGGAAUCAGGGGUUGGAAAGAGCAAUCUACUGUCCAGAUUUACCAAAAACGAGUUCAAUCAUGACAGCCGUACAACCAUUGGAGUGGAAUUCAGCACUCGCUCCAUUCAAGUGGAUAAUAUUACCAUCAAGGCCCAGAUCUGGGACACUGCAGGUCUAGAGCGCUAUAGGGCAAUCACCUCAGCUUAUUACAGGGGAGCCGUGGGUGCACUGCUGGUUUAUGACAUCACCAAGCACCUGACCUAUGAGAACGUGGAGCGAUGGCUGAAGGAGCUGUAUCACCACGCUGAUCCUCACAUAGUUGUCAUGAUUGUGGGAAAUAAAAGCGACCUGGGAAAUGUACGCACUGUGCCAAAAGAGGAGGCGAAGGACUUUGCAGAGUCCAAAGGCUUACUUUUUAUGGAGACAUCCGCAUUAGAGUCAACUAAUGUUGAAUCUGCCUUCCUUGAAGUUCUAACAGCAAUACACAAGAAAGUUGCUAGUAAAGAGGUCACCAGAGGCUCGAUCAGCGCGGUGACCCUGGGCCCCUCCAGCGAGUUUAACGAGGAGAGACGGUCCUGCUGUAACAGCUCCUGAACAGAUGAAAGAACAUCAAGAGCAAAACUAAGACAUUUAUCUGUGACAUGGAUCAUGUCAUAGCUGCAUGGAGGCAUUUCUUCAUACUUGACCCUCAGUGGAUGUCAUAUCCGCAAGCAAAAUGGGAGGGACCCACAUUUUUAUGCAUUAUUGUUUUGUGGCUUGUUUUUUUUUACUUUUAAAAGAUGUAAACAGUUGAAACUUAUAAUGUAAGAUAAGAUAUGUUUCUGUCAAUUAUGACUUGACAUGAAUUUGAAUUACUUUGAAUGGAACACAAAUGGGUUGUGCUGUAUUAUAAAGUUAUUUAUACGGUGUGAAAUUAACAAUAUUUCUAUUUUACUGCAGACUUCGGGUCUAUAAAUUAAAUAAAAAUAUAAACCAUUCAAUCUUGGA